UAUAAAUAUACGAGUACAUAAACAAAUUCGCUGAAAAAUUUUUUGACAUAUUUAUAAUAUUGGUUCUUUUUCAUUAUAUGUUAAAAAUAAUCUCAUCUUUUAUCUGAUCAUCGUUUAGGCAUAUAUUUUUUAAUAUUGCAAUAAUAUUUUAUUGGCUGUAAAUUCUUGAAUUAUUAAAUACAAUAUUAUAAUACAAUAAUUCCAGCAAAACGCAUUAUUCAUAGCAGUGGAAAAAGUUAUAAGAACAAUGCCAAAAUUGUUCUUUCAGACGAGUUUGGAUUUUGAAAACAAAAAAAUCAACAUGACACCAUACGACUUUUUGUUCUUCAAAAUCAAACUUGCCUAAAAGGACACCAUUUUGACAUUAUUAAAAAAUCUAGUCUAUUGCGAUGAGAGUUUUAAACAGCCUUUCACAUAACUUCUUCCAUUACUACUAAUAACAGUAGUUUCACUGGAAUUAUUAGAAUUAGUUAAAGAAAGCUUAAAAUAUUUCAAAAUUUUUAUAUGUAAAGAACUCUACAGAGAGAUGUAGUUUUUCAAUAUUUCUGGAAGGUGUCAAAUUUAUAUUAAAAUCUGAGAAUUUUCAAGAAAGUCAAAAUAAAAUAAAAUUAUAGAAGAAUUCUAAAAUUUACAUAAAAAUUUUGAAAAAUUGUGCAUCGAAUAUGCUGCGACACGCAUGCAACUUCAUUACAUAUUAUUAUAGUCAAUCAUUAAAUUAGGUUGUCCAAUUGUCAAAAUUAUCAAAAUAAUAUACUAUUAAACCAAAGUUAUUAAAUUAAUACUAUUAUAUUUAAAACAUAAUAACAUUAAUAUGCAGCGAAUAUUAAAAAUUAAAUAUUAUAAAUAUACAAAAUUGCUUAACAUGGAAAAGAUCCCAGUAACGCCACAAAUGUUACGUACAACUGUAAAAGAGUUACAGAAAUAUCAAUUAUUUGUUAAAUCAAAAAACUUAAGAGAUUACAUACAGAAACAUUAUCCAGUUGAAACCGAUUUCAAAGCUCUCGACCAGGAAUUACAAGAAAAAUUAAAAUAUGCUGUUUGCGUUGGAUUGCUUGCUAAACACGGAGACGAUCAAUAUUAUAUACCAACUUUACGAGAAGAGGCUAACGCUGUUAAAACUGCGAUCAGCGCAUUCUGGGAGACAUACAGAAACAACAAUCAAUUACCUAAUAUAAGAAAGAAAAAGUCAGAUACCAAAAGGGCGCUAUCACAUCAAAAACAAAGAGAUGUGAAUUCCUCCAAAAACGAUGAAACCGAUAGCAGUGAGGAUUUAGAUUUUUGUUUAAUCUAAGAAUCGCGAAAAAUUUAAUUAAUGUUAUAAUUAUAAAUCUUUUUAGAUACAUUUGAUAGUCUUAUAAAAUAGAAAUUCUUUAUAUACAUAAAGAAAUUAAUACAUAAAUACAAUUAAUAUACAAACAUAUGAAUUGUAAAGAUGCUGUUGUACGUAGUUUAAUUAGGUACAAUAAGAAGCCUAAUUUUGUGUGGUACCAAGUACGGAAAAAGAAUUAUUUACAUCA